AUGAAGCAGUUAACCCUUGCAAUGGCAACGUACCGUCAGGACUACGACGGACGCCAACCCGGCCCGGCGCACGACUAUCAUUGCAGCGCCGGGCAGCCCGAUUGGUUCUCCAAUCCAACUGCCUAUCCACCCUAUCUGGCGUCUGUUCCAAAUGCGCAUCAGGCGCUACAGGCGACGCCUAACCCGGUGAAUUUCGAUGCCAACGCGCAGUGGAUCCCUUGUUUUAAUGUCGAAGCGAACGACCAUAACCUGUUCAACCCGACCACCAACCCGCUUACGAAAUCGUGGCAGAAUACUGGCCCUAAAUACGGCGUAAUCUAUCCCUACGUAAAAAACGCGCAGAUAUUUCUCUGCCCUUCAGACCCGCUACCGCAGAAAAUGCAGAGUUAUUCCGCCAACGCAGCCGCAGGAUUCAUGCCCGACUCCUAUGCCCAGCGUCCCUCGCAGUUCGUGCUGCUGAUAGACGAGCAAUACACGUUUAACGAUGGCUUCUUCUUUGCGCCGAACGAUUGCCCUUCUAUUGCGCACACGCAGGGCGUCAAUCUUGCUUAUUUUGACGGUCAUGCAAAGUGGUCGCAUACGGACGUAGACCCCAGAGUCGGUAUUGGAUAUUGUUCGGGGGCCGUAAAAAAGAGUUUGUUCUGCCCUACCAUCCCGUUUCCAUACUCGAUGGGAGACACGAACAACAAAGGCGAGAGUUACAUUGAUUUUUGCCGGUCGGAAUAG